AAUACCUUUAUUAAGCUGAUCACGAGAUUGUUUUAUCUUCAUACUCUUUAAGAAGACAUGCCUCAUACGCUUUUGAGCAACAAUGGCAGCAAUGAUCAGCGGUGACUUUCUUGACUGUUUCAUCUUCAUUCUCCUCUGCUUCUUUUCACUCUUUUGUUAUUCUCUUUUCUUUAAGAAAACAAAGGACUCACGAGUUGGUUGUGAUCUGCCUCCGAGCCCUCCCUCUCUUCCAGUCAUUGGUCAUCUUCACCUUCUUCUCUCUACCCUAGUUCACAAGUCUUUACACAAAAUAUCUUCCAGCUAUGGAUCUUUCCUCCACCUCCGGAUCUUUAAUACACCCAUCAUUCUCGUCUCCUCAGCCUCUGUGGCCUACGAGAUAUUCAGAGCCCAUGACGUGAACGUCUCCUCUCGGGGUGUUCCUGCCAUCGAUGAGUCCCUCUUGUUUGGAUCAUCUGGCGUGAUCAACGCUCCUUGUGACGAUUACUGGAAGUUCAUGAAGAAGCUAAUGGUCACAAAGCUUCUCGGACCACAAGCGCAAGAGCAGUCGCGAGGCAUCCGUGCAGAUGAGAUAAACCGUUUUUACAGGAAGUUGCUUGAUAAGGCGAGGAAGAAGGAGAGUGUUGAGGUGGGUAAGGAAGCAUUGAAGCUUGUUAACAACAUCAUGUGUAGGAUGAGCAUGGGAAGGAGGUUUUCAGAGGAGGAUGGUGAAGAAGCAGAGAGGCUUAAGGGUUUGGUUACCGAGUGGAGCGGCUUGAUAAAGAGAAUGUUCUUGGCAGUCUUGUUCCGUAGACAGCUAGAGAAGCUUGGAAUCUCACUAUUCAAGAAUGAAAUAAUGAGGGUUUCCAACAGAUGUGAUGAAAUGCUAGAAAGGGUUCUAGUGGAACACAAAGAGGAACAACCAGACAAGGAGGAUCAAGGAACAGAUAUGAUGGAUGUGUUGUUGGCAGCAGCUUAUGAAGACAAAAAUGCUGAGUACAAGAUCACUAGGAACCACAUCAAGGCGUUUUUUGUGGAGCUUUUGUUUGGAGCCAUUGACACCUCUUCAACAACAAUAAUGUGGGCAAUGGCUGAGAUCAUCAACAACCCCAACGUCCUUGAGAAAAUGAGAGAAGAACUCGAUUCCGUUGUAGGGAAAACAAGGUUGAUUCAAGAAACAGAUAUACCAAACCUCCCUUAUUUGCAAGCGGUCGUCAAGGAAACACUAAGGCUGCACCCGCCUGGGCCUCUCUUGCCAAGAGAAUUUCAAAAAGAGUGUGAGAUCGGAGGAUUCUAUAUACCGGAGAAGACAAGACUUGUAGUUAAUGUUUAUGAUAUAAUGAGAGAUCCUGAUCUUUGGGUAGAUCCUCUUAAAUUUAUGCCAGAGAGGUUUCUAGCUUCUUCAAAAUCAGGCAAAGAAGAUGAGAGAAAAGAGAAAGUACUAAAGUACCUUCCCUUUGGUAGCGGAAGGAGAGGAUGCCCUGGCUCAGCUCUAGGUUAUGUCGUAGUGGGAACCGCAAUAGGAGUUAUAGUGCAUGGCUUUGAGUGGAGAAUUGAUGGAGAUAAAGUCAAUAUGGAAGAGGUUAUGGAAGGGGUCAUCCUAACCAUGGCUCAUCCUCUUAAGUUCACUCCCGUUACUCGAUAUGUACCAUUGCCUUAGAAAUGAAACUGAAUCCCAUAUAUUAUAAGGGUCUAGCUGAUCCUUAAAAGUAAUAAAGAGAGCUUGUUGUUUUUGUUCAUGUUCAUA